AUGUCGCGGAGACCUGCUGGACCCGACAGGACGAUGCAGAACCAACAGACGCUGAAGAGCUUGGUCAAGUUGGAAGGAAAUAAGAGCUGUGCAGACUGCAAGAGGAACAAGCACCCGAGAUGGGCCAGUUGGAACUUGGGCAUCUUCAUCUGCAUUCGAUGCUCCGGUAUUCACCGUGGUAUGGGCACACACAUCAGCAGAGUCAAGUCUGUCGAUCUGGAUUCUUGGACCGAUGAGCAGCUUCAGAGCAUGCUGAAGUGGGGCAACACAAGAGCCAACAAGUACUGGGAAGCAAAGCUUGCCCCUGGUCACGUUCCUGCCGAAGCCAAGAUCGAGAAUUUUAUUCGCACCAAGUACGAUUCGAAGAGAUGGACUAUGGACGGCCCAAUUCCUGAUCCCUCGACUCUGGGCAGUGAGGGCGGAGACGAAGACGUGGUCAUUACAGACGAAGCCUUUGCUAGUAUCAAGUUGCUGACCAAAACACAGCCUCUCAGCGUUGUCCAAGAGAAGGCAAAGCUCGACCGUUCAGCCUCGCUCAGAAACGCUUCCAUGAGCAGCGGACCUGCUGCUCCCCAACAAGCCCCGAGAGCAGUUGCUCCAGUCAUCGAUCUGUUUGGCGACGACCCGACUCCAGCUCGUGCCAGCACCGCCGAACCCUCGAUCUCCUCAAGACCUCCUUCACAACAGCAAAAGGCACCUCCUGCACCUCCCAAGCAAAACAGACCUGGCGACUCUCUACUGGGUCUUGACUUCUUCGGAACAAGCCAGUCUGCACCCCCAGCACGCCCUGCCAGUGCUGCUUCAGGAGCUUCUACCAUGGGAAGCAACCCGCGAUCGGAUCUGAAGCAGUCUAUCCUGUCUCUGUACGCAUCUGCACCCAAACCUGCUCCAGUGCAACAACCUCAGUCUUCCUCGAAUGCAUUCGGUGGUUUCGCCUCUCCACCAAUGCAAUCACCUGCCGCUUCGACAUCUUCGUUUGGUGGUAUGGCCGAUGCAUUCGGCGGCUUGAACUUUGGUGGCCCAUCUGCUCCCCAACAACAGCAGCAACAGCAACCAAAACCCUCUGCUUUCUCAAACCUGACCUCCCCAGCAUCACGUAACAGCUCUCUCAGCGGUGGCAGCUUCUUUGACGCUAAGCCCACACCGCCGCCCAAGCCUUCUGCUGCACCAGCACCCAGACCGCAGCAAGCUCGCGUGUCGAGUGGUUUCGGCGACUUCGGCGACUUUACCUCAGCGCCAUCACCCGCACCCGCACCCGCACCUAUCUCUACAAGGUCGCCUGUUCCCGCAAGCUCUGGCAUGGGAGAUUUAUUCGAUAUGGGUGCUCCCGCGCCUUCGAAGCCUGCAACCUCGACUUCUGCUUCGGCCUUCAAUCUUUCCAGCCCCGCUCCUCCACCAAAGCCUGCACCUGUGUCAGCUAUGGGCGGUCUCGACAACAUGGACGCUUGGGGCUCGAACAACGCUUGGAGCACCCCUGAGCCAGCAGCACCCGCGCCCCCUACCACCUCGUACAAGGCACCUGUCGCAAGCACCAACACAUACAAGGCACCUGCUAUGACCAGUGUGUCGAAUGAUGAUGACUUUGGCGGUUGGGGAAGCAAUGAGGGUACUUCGUCCAGCAAGCCUACUAUCAGCCAAGAUGACGACUUUGGUGGUUGGAGCAGUGCACCUGCACCUGCACCUGCUGCAUCUACAUCUAACAACAAGGGUCCAACCUCUGAUGAUCUCUUUGGCAACGUUUGGGGUUAA